AUGGCCAGCGCAGUGGACGCAGCAGGAGAUCCAAUCCCAACAUCGGCAGUUCUGACGGCGGCGUCGAAGCACAUUCAGUUCCAGUGCCAAGCCGAGAACGUGGCUUUUCUCAAGUGCAAGAAGAAAGAUCCGAACCCUGAGAAGUGUCUCGACAAAGGUCGCCAAGUCACUCGAUGCGUUCUUAGCCUGUAA